AUGGCCGCUGCCCAUGCUCAACCCACGAGUAUCCACGAUGCCAACGACCAGGCUCUCUGGCCCCAGGCCCCCGUGCAACUCGCGCGUGGACGGCAGCCCAGAGACGCGCUCGCGAAGACGGUGCCCUACGGCCCCAUCCGCUCCCUCGACCAAUUCGAGACGUCAUUACGCGAAUACCUAAGAAGCCCGCCAGAAGAGCCUGAGCACACCGAAGCCCAGUUUGCCUUCGACAUCGACACGUCCUUUGCCGUCCCUUCACCAACUAAGCCGACCCCAUCGCAGCAGCCUCAUCAGGCAACUCACCCGCCGCCGCCGCCGCCCCAACAGCAACAGUCGCACGCCAUACACCAAUACAGCCAUGCGCCGCCCGGCUACCAGCCCGCACACUUUGCUGGUCCUUCGCAGUACCAGUCCCUCUCGGACGCCAACUUCGCCCUGGGCCACAACUUCACCGAGUCCAUCGAGCCCAACAAUGGCGCGCCCAAGCCGGCGGAGCAGAAAACCGCCCUGAGCAUACGAGAGGCUUUGCAGCCGACAGCGGACCCCAAGGAGAAGAUGCGGAAACAGAGGGCAGUCGCCAAGUGCUGCGUCGACACGAUACAGAAGAUCGACGGAUACCGCUACAGCUUCCACAACUGUUGGAACAGCAGGGAGGACGACAGCUUCCGCUUCUCCUACUACUGCAACGACUCGCUCCUCAACAAGGACCGCGCUGCCAACGGCAAGGGUGCCAAGUUGGGCAAACGUGCCACCAAGCCCGUCUACGACUGUAAAGGUGUCUUGUCCAUCAAGUUCUCGGCCACCAAGCAGACACUCGACGUCUUCUACAAGCAUGUGCCCAUACACAAGACAUACGAGGAACGCGCCCCGCCCCCACGCAAAGACUCCAAGCGGCGCAAGUAUCUCGAGGAGAACGACCCAGAGGCUUUGGCUAGGCUCGCAAGCCGCUCGAGACAGCUGAGCAGUGAGGAUCCAGACACGCCCAGGAUCAAGAAGAAGCGGUCCGACCCUCUGCCGGAGCCUCCAAGGCCAUCCAACACGAUUGAGAGCGACCUGAGACAACAGAGUCUGCGUAUGUUGCUAGAGCUGAUCCAGGUAGAGCCACCUACGCAUUCGCAGCACACGCUCAUUGAGCCUCCACCACCUCCGCCUCCACCACCUCGUCCUCCCCCGCAAAAGCCUCACCCUGGGCCGCGCCCUACACUACAUGUUGAAACGCAAUCAGUAUCAGCACCACAGCGGAAGCGGCCGAGGAACAGUUGCGAUGUCUGCAAGGCUAAGAAGACCAAGUGUGAUGGCAUCAAGCCCACAUGUUCGACAUGCAACGACAAGAGACGGCUGUGUGUAUACUCUGAGCCAGCGAGUGGCGAAGACCAGCGACCACCUACGCAAGCCCCCGAACCGGCAGCUCAUCCCGCUGGCGAAUCCGAGCUUGCAAAGAUCAUGAAGGAGCUCGAGGAAACCAAGGCAAAGCUGAAACAUUAUGAGGCUCGGGAGCGAGCUUCGACUACCCCAAUCCAGACGCCGCAAAUGGCGCCACGACCUCGCUCGCAGCAAUCCCAAGUCCAACAAAAGCCGCCGCCUCCGCCUCCGCAACCACCACAACAAACUCAUGUUCAACAACAGCCGCAACCAGUACAGGUCCCGCAACAGCCUCGUCACCGAUCACAAGUGUCACAGUCACAGACGUUACCCCAUGUGUCUCAGCAGCAACCGCAACGUCAACAUUCAAUACCAAACCACCGUCAACAACUGCAACAACUCAAUCAAGGUCUACCGCACGGCGUGAGAAGCCCACAACAACAGCUAGCCUACAAGAUGGGUAGCCAAUCACCCCAACAGCGCCUACAGAACCCGCCGCAACAACUACCGCAGCAGCAGCAGCAGCAGCCGCAGCAGAUUGGGCCUUCACAGCAGUCUAUGACUCCACAACAGCAGUUCCAGGCAGCGACAGCCCAACAAAUGCAAACCACACAGCUUCAGACACAUCAAAACUAUUUUGCAGCCAACCACUCCAACCACUCUCUGUAUGGCACGCUCAAUCGGCCCAUGCCGCAGAACACGCUGCCAGUCAAUCCCAUGGCAUCGCAGCCAAUGGUGACGCAAAACAGCAUGUCAGCACAGACGAACGCGCAUUUACCACAGACGCAGCCUCAACAGCCACCGGCGCCUACCAUCGAUGUAAAUAAUUCGUAUGGACGUCCUGGGGAGUUUGCAUGGGCACCCACUGGGUAUUAUGGAUAUCAAAGUGCGGCACCACAACAACAACAACAGCAGCAACAGCAGCAGCAACAACAACAACAGCCACAACAACCACAACAAGACCAAUGGGCUGCGGCGAGAGGGUCAGGUGUUUUUAGAUAA